GCCACAAUGGAUGUAGAGCUAUACGUCUACGACCUCUCAAAGGGUCUCGCACGAAUGGUAUGUACUAUUUACAGCCCGGAAGAGCGUCCGCGGGGCGAUCAGCAGGCCACGGUCCUAACGCAGUGCAGUACUCGCUCCCCUUGACAGGGACGCAGAUCGACGCCAUUUACCAUACGUCGAUAGUGUUGAACGGGGUCGAGUAUUACUUUGGCCAGGGCAUUCAGACGUCCGUCCCUGGAAGUACGCAUCAUGGACAGCCCAUGGAGGUGGCGAAUCUAGGCAAGACGGAGCUUCCCACUGAUGUUGUGGAGGAGUAUAUCCAUUCUCUUGGAGAGAUUUAUACCCCAGAGUCAUACGACCUCUUCCUGCACAACUGCAACAACUUCACGCAAGACCUGGCCAUGUUUCUGGUGGGCAGGAGUAUCCCCGAACAUAUCCGCAACUUGCCCCAGACCUUCCUCGAAACGCCAUUUGGGCAGAUGAUGAAGCCCCAGAUUGAAAACGCCUUGCGUGGUGUCACCCAGGGGACAGGCGGGGGAUUUCCCCCUCCCCCGGGCCCUCCCAGCGCCCCGGCUCCCACUGCCGCUUCCGCCGCCCCCGUGCAGCCUGCAGCGCCUCCUGUAUCCCGCACCGUCCGUCUGGUAGGCAGUCUGGCGCAGCUGGACGCGGAGCUUGCAUCCGCAGCCCAUUCCUGCGCCGUCAUCUUCUUCACCUCGUCUACUUGUCCACCAUGCAAGGUGGUUUACCCAACUUACGAUGAAUUGGCCGAGGAAGCCGGGGACAAGGCGGUGCUCAUCAAGGUGGACACGGGCACGGCCUUUGACGUGAGCAUGAAGUACGGCGUGCGCGCAACGCCCACCUUUAUGACCUUUCUCAAGGGCCAGAAGCUCGAUGAAUGGGCCGGUGCCAAUCCAGCCCAACUGCGCGGCAACGUCCGCAUGCUGGUGCAAAUGGCCCAUCCCGCCCAUCCCCACCGGCAGCUCCGUCUCCCCAGUCUCCAGCGGCCCAUCACCAACUACGUCCUGUACAAAAAGGUUCCCCCGCUGGAGAAACUCGUGCUAAAGCUCGCCCCUUACCAUGAAGACCCCCGCGUCCUCUCCAUGAUCAACUUUAUCAAACUCAACACCUCCAACCCUGCCGCGGAUUCCCCCCUCCCCGCCGACCUUCCCUCCUUCGCCUCCUACCUGCAAUCAACCCCCAAACACCUCCCGCUCGAGAACCACUUUGCCCUCAUCGACCUCGCCCGUCUCCUCUUCCUCGACCCCCGAGUUGCCGCCUACUUUGCCCAGGAACCCAACCACGCCACCCUCCUCGCCUUACUCGCCCCCUCCUCCUCCCUCUCAACAUGCCCCUAUAACCUCCGCAUCGUCAUGCUCCAACUCGCCUGUAACCUCUUCACCUCCCCCCUCUACACCUCCCACCUCACCUCCCCAGAGCACACCCCCCUCCGCGAGACCUGUCUCCGCCUCGCCAUCUCCUGCCUCCUCGACUCCCACUCCACCCUCCGCGUCGUCGCCGCCUCCUUCGCAUUCAACCUCGCCGCGGUAAACCACAACGCCCGCAUAGACAACCACCCCGAUCCGCUCCCCGAAGAAGACCAAGUCGAACUAACCGCCUCCCUAAUCGAAGCCAUCGACCGGGAAACGCAGAGUGUGGAGGCCCUACACGGGCUGCUCUUCGCGCUGGGCCUGCUCGCGUACGAGGCGCCCCAGGAGGGGGCCGUUAUAGACCUGUGUCGGGUUAUGGGGGUUGCUGACGUAGUGCGUCAGAAGGGGAGUGUGGAGGGGUUGAAGAAGGAGGCCCUCAUCAAGGAGGUGGGCGAGUUGUUGGGGAAGUUGUGAUUGUGAUACACUUACAUACACUACUUAGUCUUACUUAUCACCUCACUUUUAGACUAGCUGGUUGGUCUUAGUAGAAUAAUUUAUGAAUAAUGUACUACUGCACUGCACUGCAGCACUAUGUAUUACUAGUAGCGUUAGGUUUAUUUUGUGAAUAAAAUGUAUUACUAC